GAUGGCAGCACUUGUAGGCCACAGUUUUCCGAAAAGUUGGAAAGGUUUGUUUUGAGCUUCGAAUAUCGGGUUUCUGCGAAUUUUACUACUGCCUGGUGGUUGUUGACGCCAGUGUAUGGAGCCAAAUACUCAGUUCUUCGCCUUCUUCUCAUAUAGCAAAUGUAAAACGCCCCAUCUGUACAGUAUCGGGAAGUCGCAAUGUCCGGUCUCAUUUAUGUGAUGGACUUGUCAGAGCAGCAAUAUUUUAACGCAGAAUAUCGGCUACUACCUGUUGUCUAGAUCGUGUUCGGCUACGUUUAUCCGACCCGAGCGUCCCUCGUCACUGCCUGUUUGGCUUGGUCAAUUACUGUUUUCGUCAAGGUUGGAUCAAUAUGCCGGGGGCCGACCUCGUCCACCUACGUAGCAGCUGGCAAUGUGCGACAGAGACGCCUUGGCUGUUAGGGAGAGCCGAAUCUGCAUUUGGAACAAGUGACGGUGCAGGAUAUAUCAUGGGAAUGCAUUUGCUCCAAAACGGGGUGUCCCGCGGAGACUCCUAGGCCCACGGCGCGCCGCCAAGGCGCGCUGUGUCCCGACUCCAACAUCCAGCGUAGCGGCGCUGGCAGCAGGCGGUGGCCACUGGGAGGAGCGGCGGCAUCAGCGACCCUGGGCCAGGAAAGUGCUUCCCUGACGCACGCAUCGGAACGGCGCUUCGUGUGUUGGCUGUUUGUUAGAGACCCGUCGCAGCGGACUCGAGUAUUUGGCCCCGGCUGCACUUGACUGCGCAACUAUAGGGCCUGCUCCUACGCCGCCCCGCGAGAGCGCAACGUGUGGCCGGCGGCCCAGUAGGCAUACAAAAAGAGCGCAGUCGACGGCGUGCUAUACUCAUAUAGUUUUCGCUUCUCCUGCUAAUUUAUUCUCUUGGUGAGUGUUUGGACUCCCGGCGUUCCUCUGACUCGGUGGGCAUCCGUGCGCCUAUAACGGCAUAAGGGACGCCGUGAUGGCCCUGUACGACGACGUGCGAUUUGUGCUGUCGCACGUGCGCCACUCGUUCGUGACGUGCGAUGACACCGGCCUGUGCGAACUGGCCUUGCUGAGCGACGCCGACGUGCGCGCCGCCUGGCCGCAGCAGGCGGCCUCCCAGGUGACCACCGACCUAGCGGCCGAAGCCGAGCAACUGCAGCUGCAGCAGCAACAAGAAAUGAGCCAGUCCUACGACAUCGUCUCCGAGAUGGAGUUCAUCGGCGCUCACCGCAGGCGCUCCAACACGGCCCAGCGGCUCGAGCGGCUCAAGAAGGAGCGUCGGUUGCAAGGGAAGCUGCGUCACGUCGUCUGGAAGGACCAGCCUGCCAAAGAACUCACCGCUUCGGAAGUGGACGCGUACUUCCCCCGCAAGGACGCUGGCGCGGCCGCCCGCCGUUCCGGCAAGUGGUCUUCUCCCGCAGACAGCGAGGCUACGCAGAGAAGUUCGGCGCUGGCGCGACAGCUGGAGCAGUUUCCUGUGGCGCCCAAUAACCCGUUCAACGAGUACACGCGCUUCGACGGCAAGGUGAGCGAGCCAGCGCACCGUCGGAUCAACAUCUUCAUGAGCAUGCUGCCUCCAGAAGAGCGGGGCUUUCCCAUAGUGGUGUCGGCGCUGCCUGGUGCCCGAAUCCAGGACCUCAUAGGCCUCGUUUGUUGGCACUACACCAACGAGGGGCGUUCACCGAAGCUCAGGCCAAGCGUGUCUCAGUACUGCUUGAGGAUUGCAGAAGAAAGUGGGGAAAUCGACGAAGACUUCCCUGCACUGGACCCCAGAGAACCUGUGACAAAGUUUGAGUUCCCAUACCUGGCCUUGGCGGAGGUGGAGAGAGAAGAUUUUCCCGCUGGACCCCUGCUCACCUUCCACACCAAGGAUGGCUUCACAAAAGUUCAGAUCCCCAGUGCGGAUGCCACUUUACGGGAAGUACUUGACCAAAUGCUCAAGAAACGCAAGGGCCUGUUACGUUCCUUGGGGCCCGAGUUCCAUGUCGAAGACUACCGGGAAGUGGGCGUCCCUAUUGACUUGGACACCACCAUCAGGAGGAGUGGCACCCUUGAGUUCACCCUAGUGUCCGAGGACGUGGUGUUGUCAGCAACCCAGCCAGAUGAUUAUGCUGACCGGGACAUGACCGCCAUGGAGGCUCACCUGUACCAAGCAUUCAACGUGGCCCUUGUGCCUCGCAUUGGACGUAACACUGAAGUCCAACUAGGUAUCUCUGGCGAGAAGGUGGAGAUAACGCCUCUGCAUCAAAAAGCCAAGAACCGACUCUGGACUUGGCAGCCAAAGGCAGUUACGCACAACAUGAACGAGAUUGCUGCAUGCGAGUUCGUCCACCGGAAACACAGCAUGGGCUCUCCCGAGAAGUGCGUGGUGAAGGUGGUCUACCUAUCUGGUGGAGAGUUCAAAAACCAUGUGUUUGAGACAGACCCUGGCAUGGCAUCUGUGAUCCGUAACAAGCUGGGCUACAUUCUUGUUAUGCGCACCAGUCCAGCACGCACUCAGUACCUGGCACUAAAGGAGCGAAAGUUGCUCCGCAAGCAAGCCUCCUUCCUGCUGCCUAGCUAAGGCCUUGUUCCUCUACCUACUUCUCCUUCGAGCUCCAUCAUCUGCCCUGCCCCUUGCACCACGUGCGACAGCAAACGAGGCAUGCAGACGGAGCACAAGUGUGGUGCGCCAAAAUGUGCUCAGAUCAUUAGUUGUGAUGUCAAUUGUUUCGUGUGCCUCGUGGUUUUCAGUGCAUCACUCAGCUGGAAGUGAGGUCCCCCUCACCCCACACGCACGCACACAUACACACACAACACGUUCUUACCGCUCGGCUUUCUCCUUUCACCAAUUCUGUCACAUUUUCCACAUGACUGAAAUAUGAGGAAAGCAUGCAGGACGAAGAGGCAGUGCUGUGAACUUGGCCAUGCCUUUUUUGUCGUCUGCUGUGAUAGCAGCCUUCAUUUGCUACCAUCACCUCCUCUCCGGGUGCAACUUGUAGCCACGUGCUCCCAAGCCCGUUAUUUUCUCCUGCAUUUUCUGGCUGUGAACAAGGUCCCUUGGCGUGUACACUGCAGGUGGGCCUUUUUACAAGCUACAGACAUGUCUCAUGUGUGAGGAUGCAAGUGCUGGAGGUGAACAACCUCAUUCGUUAUUACUUUUAUUACUAUUAUUACUUGUUACCUGACUCGUAGAGUGAUCGGUCUGAGAUUUUGACAGGCUCGGGGUCCUUAGGCACAAUUGCUACCCUGUCUUCCAUCCCAUCAUCCCCUUGUCUCGCGCUGGGACUGAGUUCUGUAUUGGACUUCUUGGAGACUUCAGUUCUGUAUGUUACUAGUGGUGCUUUGUGCUGGACACGUCUGUGGUGCCGUCGUUAGAUUGUGCAGAUAGUAGUGUAUUGCUUUAAAUCUUCAGCUUGUAUAUAGUGUACAAUUCAAAAGUUGAGCCAUUAGUGACAUACUCCCUGGCACGAUGAGCACUCUGUUUCGUAUCCCGUGCUCUUCAUUUCUCUGAGCCACAUCACACCGGAAUAGAAAAAUGCACCAUUCACUCUUGAAAGUUGAUCCUCCACAUGUUUAAAGGCCACAAUGUGACACAAGUGAACUUUGGGAUGAACAUCCAAAGGAAGGCAGCCAUAUGUGCAUAUUUGCUUGUUAUCAUGCAGAGUGGUAUUGUUUAAAGCAAAGAAAAUGUGUGUGAAGAGGGCAGGAAGAGCUGAACAUAGUUUGGUUUGCAGACCUCCCAGUCACAUCGCUGAAUCCAAGCCAAUCCGUAAAGUUGCAUCAGUUACGUAAAGAGUAACGAGCUAAGAAAAAGUAUUCUGUGUACAUCUGACAAUUUUAUUACGCCUAGCCUACUCACCUGCUUAUCUUGCAGCACUGGUGUUACAUGCAGCAGCAUUGCUUGCCCCACUCAAAAUAUUUCACUGUAGCUAUUGCAAUCCUCCUUUUUGUGCAUUUCCUUUACUUCCUUGUCCAUAUGUGUAGUUGUCUGGGAAAAGGGGUGUGAAGACGGAAGCUGCUCAUCUCGUGCACACUGCCUGUAGCAAAGAAAGUGGGGAUGUUUACAGUCAUCUGUUACUCGUAUGACUUAGUGAAUGAGUUUUUAGUAGACACAGCUUCCCCUUGUUUCUUGUCAUGUGAUCCACAAUAUGCCAGAGAAAGAAGAGUAUCACAGGUAAGCACCGAAAAUAUAUUGAUUGUAUAUGUUUCCUGUAUGACAUUCGGAUACACCUCAUUUUCCUUCUCUUUUUUCUUUUGGUGGCUUUCAUUACCAAGCUGAACAACUUGAUAUUGUUUCUCCCCCAUCUUCCCCAUUUUUAUUUCUUCUGCAACUACAGUGUUUUGCUAAAACAGAAGUGCGAAAGGAAGUGAUAGCAGCCCUUGUGGUGUCUGCUAUGCAGAUCACACCUUCUUCCUACCUCUAGUUUUGUAGUGUUUGUAGGUGCAGUGAAAAAUCUGCUGCAUGACCUGUGUGGAGCAUUCAAAAUGACAUUUCAGAGUACAUACAUUAUUGUUUACUUCCUAUAAGUUGUUCAAUUGAGUGCGAAACCUACAUGGCAGAAGGGAGGGAGAGUACUGCAUUCAUCAGGUGCCAGUCAUUUCACAAAAGUAGCUUGUGCAUUUCACCCAGAGACACAUGAAAUUAUAUGCUGUGUUGCAACUGACAGUGCUUUGCACAUUUUGCCUCGUUAGCUCUUUUUAGUGUACUUGGCUUAAUUUGCAAGCAUCACUGUUUCUUCUAUCACAUAGUCACCUCAGAUUAUGUGAUUUCACAAACAGCACUCUGGCAAGGGUUCAUACACAAUCAGUGUUUACACUCACAGUGGAUUACAUGCUUAUUCUGCCUCUUCGUAGAAAUGAAACUUCUCCCUUGUAUAGCGUGAUCAAAGAGCAGUGUGUGUUGUAUGCCACUUGGCAUUGUCGUCUGCUGGUUGCCUUCUUAUCCAGAGCCUGUUGUACAGCCUUCCUUCCCUGUGGCUUUAGGUAAUUAAAAAAGGAAAGAAGGGGGAAAAAUGCAAUGUUGUCAAAGUGCAGCAUUGCAAGCAGUCUUCUUGAGAUGCUUCAGGGUAUCUACUAGAAACCACCCCAUUCUUGCAAGUAUGGUAAAGCGCAGAGAUCACAUGUUCCAAGGAAAAGCAAGAAUAGCGACUCCACAAGUGGUGCUCAGCCCGCCUUCGCAUGCAAAUGGUUUUAUCAUAAUAUAAAUUACCAAUGUUACGAAGAAGAUUGGUGUCACAUUUCAAGAGCUUGUGUUGUUUGGGGGGUUCCUGAGGUAGUUCCCAGUGAUGAUGAUAUUGUGGGAAUUUCAGCAAACUGUAGUGGCACAAUGUUCGUGCGAGUUUGGUUUCUGUGGUUCUGCACCAACACAAGGCUAGCAAGUCGUCACAAAGUUCAAAAGGAAUUUUAUGUUGCCAUCUCCCCAGGGAAAAAGAAAAUGGACUCUUAUAUGCCAGUCAUAUGUUGUGGUAGCAGGACUUGCUAUAGCACUGUACUACAUGUUGUAACAUCGCAGUGCACUUGGCUGUGCCCUUCUCUGCCGGAGUGCAUAAACUGUGUUUGCAAGUGCAGCAGAAAAGCGAGAGCUUCAGAAGCUGACCAAGUUGCGACAAGCUUGUCGAUUUUAUGUGGGAUGUGGGCUGUAAGUAAAAUCCUUUGCUCAAAUGGCUAUGGGCACGCAUUCCGUCAUUCAUGCGUGCUAAACGUGAAAGGUGUCCCACGACGCUUUCAACAGCUUUUGGCUGUAAGGUCUGCCAUAAUGCUACUCAGGUCAUGUUCUGAUUGCCACCCCUGUUUUUAGUUGUGAUGCCUGUGGCAACUUCACGGCAAUGAAGAAAUCAUAUUUGAUUUUCCUCCUUCCUGUUGACUGACUGUAUGCUGGUUUGUCAUGCAUGUUCAUUUUUUUUUUAUGUUUCAUGAAACUGUUUUGUUUGUAUAACUUUAUUAGCAGAAGUUACUAUUGUAACACUUUCCAAAGAACAAGAAAUGUAAGUAAAAUUUUACGAGUAGAAAAAUGGUUCAAUACUGCUAAAUUUCCUGCACUUGAUGACUCAGCGUUGGUUAAAAUUGGUUGCACAGCUAUUGUGUAUGAAGUGUGACUUUACUGUUGUGCGUAACAGUGCUUUUAAUUAGCUGUCAUUGAUAAUCCAGUUACUAUUUCCAGCAAUAUUGUCAUAAGGCGAUUGUGGGAAAUUGCCAAAACAUUUUCACUGCUAUUUCUGUGAGACCUAAAAGCCUUAGAAUAAGUGUGGUUGCCCUUCGAUUACUUUCUCGUACUUUUUUUUUCAGUCAUGGGCACACGUCGAGGCAUUCAAAAUGAUACGCACUAGGGAUAUUGGCGCAUUUGUUCUUGGGAUAGCUAGGUGGCUAAGUCCCUAUUCAGAAAUUAUAGCAAUAGCAUAUUAACAUGUUCGUUGGGGCGUGGGUCUCCAAUGGCCCGCAGCUGUUAUUCCCACUGUGCAGAUGUGCAGGGCUUUCAUGCCGUGCACAAGUGCCAUCUUUGCUAGAACUAAAUGAAAAUGAAUUCUUGUUUCUGGUCCGGCACGUUGUGGUGCCAUCUAUCUGCAUCUUGAUCAAGUUUCAAAGGAGCACAACUCCCUGGUGACGCACCAAUGAGUCACGACGCAUCAGAGCAGUAUGGCAAGUGACCCACCAAGGGGCCACCCCGCACAGGAAACGAGACUUCAAAAAGUGAUGCUGCAGUGAAUGCGUUAAUUAUGACAUGAAAUUGACAUUUUUAGACACGCUUCACAUCAUACAACUUUUGUGUUCUCUUCUCUCUUGGCUAAAGGAGAUGCUUUGAAGGAGCGAAGGCGCAUGCAAGAUGCAUUUUUGCUCUUGUUUUAGGUGCAGUGUCUAUUGAAAGGAAAGUGGUGAACAAACAUCACUGUUGUUCUUGUUUGACGCAUACAGAUUUUUCUAUUUAAGAAUGCUUGCUUUUUUUUCCCUUGCCUAUUGUUUCCUGUCUUGCAAAGAAGUUGUUCCAGAGCUUGAGUUUAAAGAGACGCUAAAGCAAGAUAUUUUGUUAGAGAAUAACGGAUUAUGCUCUUCACAUAUUUAGUAGGAUUUUUCUACAAAGAGAGCUUUUGUGCAGUGGGAAGCAACAGAAAUGUAAAAAAAACUGGUGCCAAUACCACUUUAAGAUUCAUGCACUAUCUUCCUUUAAUGUUGAUUGCAGCAAUGCCUGGUCAGUUCUAGUACAUUGUUUCCUGGAGGGCAACAAUGAAUGUGUCGUGCAUAAAAAAUAGAUCAAAGCUGAACUGCUGAACUUGGCAACUUGAAAAGGCACUUGCAGGAGUAUACUGACAUGAACCAAGGUAUUGUUGAACCUGUACCAUCACACAGACAUUAUUUGCAUCAUUAUUUAGGCAUGAAAUAAAAAAAAAAAGUUUGUGCUUUCUUAUGCUAAUAAGCACAAGACAAGAAACAAAGAAAAGUUUAUUUACCAAUCUAUCCUAAUGUUUAAUGCUUUUUUUACUGUCCCUUUAACUUUUUAUCUGGCAAGAUAAGAAAUGUUAGUGUGCAAACAAUUUUCUUUAUUGGUUUCUGUUUUCUUUGUCUUAAGUUAUUAUAGACCGCAUUCAGGAAAUGUUUGAAAGCAAAAUAAGAAUAAUGAAGAACUUCAAUAAUUUCUCUAAAUGUGGAGCUCAAGCAGGAGAAAGUUGGAAGGUUUGUUUGUUUCGGCACAUUCGGUAACAAACAAAAAUGUAUCUAAGUGGCAAUUCAAUAAAAGAAUGUACUGUCGCAGCAAUUUCUCAAGAAAUCUGAAGGAAAUACUUUCUCUCUGCUAACUCCAGAUGUUGAAACCCACAAAGAAAAUGCCAUGGAUUAUAAUGCACUAUUACUCAGGCCCCCUGUGAGAAGGCUCAAACCACUUAAAUGUAAACUGCAUGUCUAAGAGAAACGAAAUUUAGAAACACUGCAGUCACUGUUUGAGGGGCUGUGUUUCUUAGAAUGACAGAAAGCUGAGCUAGUUGGUAAGGAUUCAUUAUGCAAGAAAAGGUGAGGCGUGCAGACAGGACACAAGAUUUUUGCAUAAUGAAUCCUUACCCGGCGUUCGUGUUGUCCACUUCUCUUGUGUCCUGUCUGCAUGCCUCACCUUGGCUGUGUUUCAUGGGUAUUGUUAUAAGAGCCUACAGUAUUGUCUAGGUGCCACUUGGAGAGGUUAAUGCACCUGAAAAGUCUUGACAUAAGCCUCAACAUAAAGGUGUACCAUUGCUCUCUAGCGUGACACAUUGAAAUGCAGCGUGAAUUUGGCAUGUCUAUUAGGCCCUUUGCUUAAAAAGUCCAUUUCAUUGCAAGCUAUGCAAGUUUAUCAAUUAAUUUUUUUCCCUUUUUCUGUUUUACAAGUAUGUUUUUGCAGAAUAUUCUAGGAACAAAAGUGUGCUCCCUUGGAGCAAUAUCUUCCAUUCAUGGGCGAAGCCCACCAUAAAAAUGCACCAGUAGCUCUUGCAGUGCUUUGAUGGGAAGGGAUUUAAGGUCUUGUUUUUUACAACGACGAAGUUCCUUCCUGUCGUUGCUCUCUCUCUCUCUCUCUCUUUUUUUUGUUUGUGGUAAGUGCACUCCACUUUGAUCAUCAUUGAGAGAGUUGUGUUCCUCACUGAAUGUUGUUCUCUGCUUUUUUAACCGUAUAGUUAUUGUGCUUAGUUUUGUUUGUCCCAUCCCCUGUUCUUUACGUACAUACUGUUUUGCAGCUUUUGCAGGUGUGAAGGUUGACAAAUAUUCUAAAAGCAUGAUUGCAUAGCUUCCGCCCCUGUUUAUGUCCGGUGUGGUAGUGGCAGUGUAAGGGUAUAAAAGGAAAUCAAAUUAUUGGUCAAAAUAAGCGGAGGAGCCCCCUACAGUUGUACAUGUUGUUGUCCUGUGCUGUGGUAAAUUGUGGCUACAGGAUCUGACAGUUGCUCAGCUUGGUCAUUCAGGCAUUAUUUACUGUAGCUUCUGCUAUUUUGGAACACCUUUUCACAUUCAGGGGUGUUUUGUUUACAUCUCUGAUGUUCCUGCUAUACCUGGACUGUUUCUCCUGAACUGACUUUCUCUCAGUACCACCCACAAAAUGCAGGGUAACAUUGCUGAUUUAGUGUUCACUCUUGUGUUCAUUCUUGUAUUCACUUCGGUUGGUUCCAAGUAGGAGCAGGGAAACUGAUUGCAGCAGCAACCUUCGUAUUAAGAGCUCAAAUACUGAAUUGAUCUUGCUUUCCUAAAUUAAAAUGUGCAUAUGUGUGUGCAUGCGUGCAAAGUUCGCCUUGUCACAUAUUGACUGAGCCUUGCUCUUGUAGCAAGUGUAUGGAAAAUAGAAAUUAAAUAAUUGAGGACUCCUUCCAGAAAUGUAUAUUAUUCCUGCUCCGUGUUUGACAGAUGUUUGUAUAUUGACAGAGGCACUAGCUGUGCUUACUAAUCUUGUGCACUAGCUACCUCAGCUACUCCAUCCAGCGUCCACUAUUUAUUUUUGUGGUCCCGCAAUUUAGCUUAAAUGAUUUCAUGAUGAAUAUUGAAUGAUGUGCUGCAUGUCCAGUGAUAAUUGACUCGUGUACGUAUGAUGAACAUUUUAUCAUCAACCUAUUUAUGUCCUCUUGUGCGAUGAAGACAACUCCCAUUGAUCUGCAGUUAUCCCUGUCUUGCAUCAGACAACUUGAUUCUAUGCCUGCAAAUUUCAGAUUCUUGACACAUCAUCUAAUUUUGCAACAGUAAGCUACAUUUUCUUUUCUUUGGCACCUGUUCUCACAUCUGCCAACUCUCAAGUUUUUCGUAAGGUUCAUGAAUUCAGGCUCAUUCUAGGAUUUUGUGAAUGCUUGAUCAAGUUUAAAAAAAUAAAUUCUCUUCAUCAGAAA